GGCGAACGCAACCCAAAAAUAUUUAAUCCCAUCGCGCCUUCUCAACCACUUCCUUCUCUCCUUCCUACAUACACAAAUUUCUUUCGAGGAAUCUCUCCACUCCUUUCUCUUCUUCUCCUCUACUAAUUCUGCACAUCGCGACCGUCGCCCUCCCACUUCCCCUCUGCGGCCUCUCGAAACAAUCUCGAGGUUAUUUCGGUCUCUGGCCCCUGCAGCCUCCACUCACCGAUCCGACCCAGGCUUAGCGCGUAAAUUUCUUCCCUUAUCGCACAAAAUCCCACUUCGCCCCUCCUUCGAUUUCUCGACAUGCCUUCAACCAUCUCCGAUUCUUCAACUCAGCCAUCAAUCAACAAAAUGGCCGAAAACAAGAAUAGCGUCAAGGUUCUUGAUGAACUCAUGGCCAAGCUGAACAUCAGCAAAGCCCAAGAAGACAUCAACGCGGCCACCCACAACCUGGCCGUUUUCAUUAACGGUCCUAUUGAGGAGCACGAUGCCCCAACCAAGUAAGUAACCACCACCACCAACACCACCACCAUUUUUCAAAAAAUCUAUACCACCAGUAUUGCCGUCGCAUCGCAGAUAUCAAGUCCGCAUAGGUGGGCUUCGACGAUAUCUGCGAUCUGUGGUGGCGAUUUCUUUGGUCUCAACACCAUUCUUGGAAUUUUUUCCAAAAAUUGUUUUCCGCAAUGCUGACGCCGCUCACCACAGGACCGUCGAGGCUUUAAAGAAGCAACUCGGCAACAAGAAGGAUGCCGCUGUCCGCGAACGUGCUCUCAACGCCAUCCAGGCUAUUGCUGAGCACGCCGAUACCUCUGCCUCAGUCGAGCCAUACCUGAUCGUCCUCCUCCCAAAUGUCCUCUCCGCCGUUGGUGACAAGCUGGUUCCUGUCAAGAACGCCGCCCAGGCUGCUGCUUUGGCUAUUGUCAAGGCUGUCAACGCCAACGCCGUCAAGGCAGUCCUCCCACCUAUCAUCAACUCCAUCCUCACCGCACAAAAAUGGCAAGAGAAGAUCACCGGUCUUACCUGUAUCGAGGCUCUCGUCGAGUCCGCUCCUUCACAACUCGCUUUCCGUGUACCAGAACUCAUCCCAGUUGUCUCCGAAUCCAUGUGGGACACCAAGCCAGAAGUCAAGAAGAUGGCCUACGGCACAAUGGAGAAGGUUUGCGGUCUGAUUGUCAACAAGGAUAUUGAGCGAUUCAUUCCUGAGCUUAUCAAGUGUAUCGCCAAGCCAGAGAAUGUCCCAGAGACCAUUCACUUGCUCGGUGCCACCACUUUCGUUACUGAUGUUCACGAGCCAACCCUCGCCAUUAUGGUACCUCUUCUCGAUCGUGGUCUUGCUGAGCGUGAGACUGCCAUCAAGAGAAAGACUGCCGUUAUUGUCGACAACAUGUGCAAGUUGGUCGAGGACCCCAACAUUGUUGCAUCUUUCUUGCCAAAAUUGAUGCCUGGUCUUACCAAGAACUUUGAGAACUUGGCUGAUCCCGAGGCUCGUGAGAAGACCCGACAAGGUCUCGACACUCUCAUCCGUGUCGGUAACGUCAAGGAUGGCAAGAUUCCAGAGGCCUCCAACCCUGGUGACCUUGCAACUGUUACUGGUCACUUGAAGGCAGUCCUUGAAGGUGGCAAGCACAAGGCUGUUAUCACCAAGUUCGAGCCAAUUGUCAACUACGCCGCUGCCAUUGCUGCUCAACUUAUUGACGAGAAGGACGCUGAUACGCACAGCUGGGCUAUCGCGAUCAAGUCAUACCUUGCUUCAAUUCUCGGUGAGAAGGAUGCCGAGAGCGCUGUCGACCAACUCCGAAAACGUGCUUCCCCAGGCGCUGAGGCUGAGGAUGCCGAGGAGGCUGAUGAUGAGGAAGGAGAGGAUCUUUGCAACUGCACAUUCAACUUGGCUUAUGGUGCUAAGAUUCUUCUCAACCAGACUCAUCUCCGUCUCAAGCGUGGUCAGCGUUACGGUCUUUGCGGUCCUAAUGGUUCCGGAAAGUCUACUCUUAUGAGAGCCAUCAACAACGAGCAAGUCGAGGGUUUCCCAAAGAAGAGCGAAGUCAAGACUGUGUUCGUCGAGCACGAUCUCGACUCCGCAGAUACUGAGCAGACCACCAUUGCCUGGACUAUGAAGAAAUUGAAGGAGGUUGGUGUCCAAACCUCCCAAGAGGAUGUCGAGAAGCAAUUGGGCGAGUUCGGUUUCACCCCCGAGAUGACCAGCAACCUCAUCACUGCUCUUUCCGGAGGAUGGAAGAUGAAGUUGGCUCUUGCCCGUGCCGUGUUUGAGGACCCAGAUAUUCUUCUUCUCGAUGAGCCUACGAAUCACUUGGACGUAAAGAACGUCAAGUGGCUCGAGACUUACCUCCAAAACUCCCCAUGUACCUCCAUUAUCGUGUCUCACGACAGUGGUUUCCUUGACAACGUCUGCCAGCACAUUAUUCACUACGAGAGAUUCAAGCUCAAGAGAUACCGUGGUAACUUGAAGGAGUUUGUCAAGAAGUGCCCAUCCGCCAAAUCCUACUACGAGCUUGGUGCCUCUGAGAUCGAGUUCAAGUUCCCUGAGCCAGGUUUCCUCGAGGGUGUCAAGACCAAGGCAAAGGCUAUUGUGCGUGUCAGCAAGAUGACCUUCCAAUACCCUGGUACACCAAAACCCCAAAUCCAGGAUAUCAGUUUCCAAUGUUCGCUCGGUUCCCGUAUUGCCGUCAUUGGUCCUAACGGUGCUGGAAAAUCCACUCUUAUCAACGUCUUGACUGGUGAACUCAUCCCAACCAUUGGUGAUGUUUACACUCACGAGAACAUCCGUAUCGCCUACAUCAAACAACACGCUUUCGCCCAUAUCGAUCACCACCUGGAGAAGACUCCUUCCGAGUACAUCCAAUGGCGUUUCCAGACUGGUGAAGAUCGUGAGACUAUGGAUCGUGCCAACAAGAUUGUCACCGAUGAGGAUGAGAAGGCAAUGGACAAGAUUUACAAGAUUGAGGGAAGCCAACGUCGUGUCAUUGGUAUCCACUCUCGUCGUAAGUUUAAGAACUCUUACGAGUAUGAGUGUUCCUUUGCACUUGGUGAGAACGUUGGACAAAAGAACGAGCGAUGGGUUCCUAUGAUGACUGCCGAUAACGCUUGGAUUCCUCGAACUGAAAUCUUGGCAUCCCAUCAAAAGAUGGUUGCUGAGGUUGAUCAAAAGGAGGCUCUUGCCAGUGGUCAAUUCAGACCUUUGGUCCGAAAGGAAAUUGAGUCCCACUGCGCCAACUUUGGUCUCGAUGCUGAAUUGGUUUCUCACUCCCGUAUGUUGGGUCUUUCUGGUGGUCAACGUGUCAAGGUCGUUCUCGCUGCAUGCUCUUGGCAACGACCUCAUUUGAUCGUUCUUGACGAGCCUACCAACUACUUGGACCGUGACUCUCUUGGAGCUCUCUCCAAGGCUCUCAAGUCUUUCGAGGGUGGUGUUAUCAUCAUUACUCACUCUGCUGAGUUCACCAAGGAUUUGACUGAGGAAGUUUGGGCUGUGUUGGACGGUAAGAUGACACCAUCCGGACACAACUGGGUAUCUGGACAGGGUGCUGGACCUCGUCUAAAGGGAGAUGACGAUGAUGAAGAGGACAAAUUCGAUGCCAUGGGUAAGCUGAUUUCCUCUCGUUCAUACAUUGACUUUUGAAAUUAACAACUAUACAGGUAACAAGAUUGUCUCAACGAAGAAGGCCAAGAAGCUCACCUCGGCCGAGUUAAGAAAGAAGAAGAAGGACCGUAUGGCCCGAAGAAAGAGAGGUGAGGAGGUUUUCUCGGAUGAGGACGAUUAGAUUUGUGGUUACGAACUCUGCAAAUUCAAAUUAGGAGAACAAAAAAUGAAUUAUGUCAGUUAAGGGGUCUGGGUUGUGCAUUUGGCUGGCUGGAGUUACAUUUGUCUUUUUGUCUUAAUGUCUACCGUUCUUUCAGGCAGAAUAGAAGAUAGAUACUUCAAAAAAUAGAAUUCUUCAUUUAUGCAAGGA